AUGGCCAUCGUGGCCGGCACUGGCAGCAAGGUGAAGCAGGUGAAGCGCAAGGGGGCCACGUUCGAACAGAACACGGAAAUCGCCGGACAGCUCCUGAAGAUGCUGAGGGACGGUGAGUCCGUCUCGGAGGUUCUGGCGACAAAGGACAGAUUGUUGGCGGAAAGUGCCCAGCCCAAGGAGAAGGCCGAGGAGAAGGAUGCAGGGCUGGAUCUUCUUGGAGAAGAAGCCGUUGGCGAUUGGAUCCUGCGGCGCUACACAAAGAAUACCUACGGGUACGUGUCGCCUGACGGUUGGGAGUUUGGCAGUCUUUCAGAGGCAAAGGACUACGGCUAUCUUAGCGUGAGAGGCAAGGGAGUGUCGUAG